AUGAACGUAUUCAGUCAGAAGAACUAUUAUCCUGUACCGUCCUCUGAGGUGAUUACGUACAGGGAAAAUUCUUCUGCCACGAAAAGAAGGUCCGUAUUGAAGAGUGAUAUCUAUGCUUUGAUAGUGUUCCUAUCGUCUCCAGAAGAUAAAAUUGAUUAUUCAGUUUUUUCUGAUUUCUUCCUAAUCUACAGGAAUUUUAUUUCUCCUAAUGACUUAUACGAAUUGUUGAUAAUAAGGUUUCGAUGGUGUAUUAAUGAGAUCUCUGCGGAAGAUCCCAAGAGACGAAAAAUUGGUGAUGUGGCAUUGGUACGAACAUUUGUUCUCUUAAGACAUUCUAUGUUAAAUCAUUUCAUAGAAGAUUUCUUACCAGAUCACCAUCUAAGACUCUCUGUCAUUCAUUUUCUAAAUGAAGAUUAUACAAAAUACCCAAAGAUUAUUACAAGUUCUAUUGUGAACUUAAAAAAGGCAUGGUGUCAAUUAGCUAAACUAAUUUGGGAGAAUUUGCAUUUUGACGAACCACUAUCAUCUGAAUAUGAAAAAUGGUUGUCAUAUGAAAUAAAGGAUAUUACAACGAUACAUAACAGGCCUAAUCGACUGAGCAUAUACGCCAUACAAGGCGCAUCGAGUCCUGACUUCAGAAAUCAGAGUGUUUUAUCAUUAUACAAACCUGAUGAGACUUUUAUCCUACCGAAAACGACUCCACAAAAAUCGGAUAAAAGUCGACGAACUCCAACCAUGCUACUAUUUCCACAAGAUAAUUCCCAAGUCCCUCAUGAAAAUAAUCCAUCACCUGAUGUAACAGGCAGCCUGAUAAAACAGGAAAAUACUCACAAAAGGACAAUUAGUACCAAUAUGGGACAUUUUUCAAAAAUCAUGAAAAAUAUUGAAUAUCCAAUGUCUCCCGAAAUUAAUAACAUAAUACCACCAACACCUGCAAAGAAAGUCGAAUUUAUUCUCAAUGCCUUCUAUGAACCGGAAAAUUCAACGAAAAUAAAUGAAUUAAGUGAUAGAGAAAAUGGCGCUCAAGUAGAUAAAUCGCCUAUAAAAUUGAACAGAAGCUCCUCAUCCUUGUAUAAAGGCGCUGUUGGCCUAUUAGCUAAGUGGACAAAAAAUCAUUCGGGUCCAAAACCAAGUGGUGAAAAACAUGUUACAAGGAGCGUUCAAUUUCCAAGUUCUAAGACUGAAAUGGAUACGUUUGUAAAGUAUGUCAUUUCUAUAUCGGCUCUCAGUAACCAUAAUGAAGAUAUCAACGAAAUUAUAAGCUCAGAGGAACCAAAAUUUGACAUGCUCAGUGCUAGAACCAUAGAUGAAGUGGAAUAUUUAGUCACUUUGGAAAAUGACUUGUUCCAAAAGAUAAAUGAAUCAAAUAUUCAUAUUAUACCAGACAUAAAAACUGAAACUAACGCUUAUACGGAAAAUGAAGAUGGUGCAUUAAAACCCAAUCCAAACUUCAGUGCUAUGGAUAACUUAGAUUUGUAUCAGACGGUCAAUACAAUAGCUCAUUCGGUUAUUUCACUGUCAAAUACCUUAAACCAAAGUUCAAAGAACUUGUACGUGCAAAACUUGGUUUCACCCUCCAAAAUCAAAGGUGAUAUUAACUCAUCACAUGUAUCUUUCCUCACUGGCAAUGUGACUAGCAGUGUUGUCGAAGAAAACAAAUUGCAAAGAACACUAGAAUACAAUGAUGGGCCUCAAAAAUUGGUGUUUCAUGACUCCACUAAGAGAAUGUCUGGACCGAAAGAUUUUGAUUCAGACUUCAACCAAACAAAAUCAAGGUUUUCUCCAACGUACAAACUAGACUCUUCUUCUCCCUUGAAAAAUGUGCUAUGUGAUCUAGAGGAAUCAUAUGCAAAUACAACAGAGGAUGGUUCUAAUUCCUAUGUGUCGACCAGAACCUACGAUUCUCAACUUUCCUCCUCAAAUGAAGCCAAAGACAAUAGUAACAAUGAAUAUAACACCAACAAUCCAAUGGCUGAUCCGCCUGAAGAAUCUCCAGCUCUGAAAAAGAAAGAAGGCUUUGAAAACCUCAGAGAAUUUACAUUCGAAGAUGAUCAAAUAGUAGAUACACCCGAACCAAUGGGAAGCCUGCAUCUGGAUGAUAGUAAGUUACAGACCCCAGUCACGCAAAAAAUAUCAACAGAGACAGCAAUUAGGCAGUCAAGUGGUAGAAUUAGUAUCGCGAAGAGACAUACGGCCACGAUUAACCAUACAGCAACCCCCAUUGAAAGAAUAGAAAGUUUUAUUGCGGAGGACCCAGAUUUAAUGAAAAAGGAGGAUAUACUCAAUAAAAACGAAAGAAAACUAAUAAAACUUGAGGAGAUUCUGCUCAAAAGAACUUCACUAACACCAAGCGUCGCGACUAGCAAGUUAUUUAAUUCGAGACCAGCGAGCCCGAACAAGCUAGCAUAUGAACACUCUAGAGUACGUUUAUCUAUGGCGCCAAGUAUGCAGUCUAUAGUCAGUGGUAGUUCUAUAUCCACAGAAAUAAACUAUAUCAGUCCUCCGAAGGAAAAUAAUUUAAAAGAACGAAGUUCAAACAACAAGCUGGAUAAAGGUAUUAUUACAACUCCGCAUAACUAUUUCUUUCCUACCGAUAGUGAUGAUCUAGAUAAUGCAUCUCCAGAAAAAGAUUUUGAGCAAUUGAAAACCAAAUUCUUAAAUACAGACACUACUGAUAGCCCUGAUGUAAGCAAAGUAGCCGAAAAUCGCAUCUCAGAGUUUCAUACCGAGCUCAACGCAACUGCAAUUACUGAUGCUGAGACAACUGAAGAUAAAAUUAACAAAGCCAACUUGGAAGAAAUUGCUAAUAUGCCAGAUGAAUCCAUGCACGAUGACCCAGUAACUAUUGCAAUGAUGAAGUUGGAGGGUAUAUACAAGAAGACUGGAAUGAAAGAAAGUAAGAGCACCCCGGAUUUAUCUGCGCUAUCCAAAGAGAGAAAUCUACUGAAUAUCACCAAUGAAUCUCCUUCUGCCUCUGUUUCGGCAGAUAAGAGAAAGUCACUAAUGUUAGAGAGAAGAAGACAAACAAUAAUGAACAUUCCAGUCAGCGUCGAGAACACACCACAGUUGGUAACUCCAAUGGCUGAAGAGGGAGUUUUACCUGGCCAAAUUCAAGAUUUAAUAAAAAGCUAUAAAUUGCAAGAUUCAAGAUUAUUAGUUGCUAAUAACACUAGCCACAUACCAUUUAUUUUGAUGUACGAUUCCAAAACCAUUGCCGAACAGAUGACUCUUGUGGAAAGGGAACUGCUGACUGAAAUUGAUUGGAAAGACCUCUUAAACUUAGAAAUCAAAAACGAAACGCUUCAAGCGGAUAGUUGGCUGCAAUUGCUUGCCCAAAAUGAAACAUUGUCUGGCAUUGACCUUACAAUUUGCAGGUUCAAUCUAAUUGUAGAUUGGAUUGUUUCAGAAAUUGUCCUAACGAGGGACGUGAAAAUGAAAAGGAAUACCAUCCAAAGAUUCAUACAUGUUGCGGAACAUUGCAGAAAAUUCCAAAAUUACAACACAUUAAUGGAAAUUGUAUUGGCGUUGAAUUCUGUCACAGUACAAAAACUCGUUAAUGCAUGGAGACUAAUUGAGCCUGGUGAUCUGUUAACCUGGGAAGAAUUAAAGAAAAUCUCAUGCCUAGAUAACAACUAUGCUACCAUUCGUGAUCUAUUGAACUCCGUAGACCCUCUUGUGGGCUGUAUUCCAUUUGUAGCCGUAUACCUGUCCGACCUAUCGUUGAAUUCUGAGAAAAAAGACUGGAUUGAAGACGGAAAGAUAAUCAACUACAGUAAAUUUGACACCAAUGUUCAAGUUGUGAAACAUUUCAUUCAGAGAGUUCAAUGGGCCAAAUUCUACAACUUUACAGUAGAUCACGAGCUUCUCAGUAAGUGCGUGUAUAUCUCCGCACUCUCUCCGGAAGAAAUCAAAGAAUUAAGUGCAUAA